UCAAAGACUGGCACACGGGCAGGACUCCGGGCAGCGGCACACCGGGCAGGGGCACACCGGGCAGAGGCACAUUGGGCAAAGGCACACCGGGCAGAGGCACAUUGGGCAAAGGCACACCGGGCAGAGGCACCGGGCAGAGGCACAUCGGGCUGGACUCCGGGCAGAGGCUCCGGGCAGAGGCACAUCGGGCUGGACUCCGGGCAGAGGCACAUCGGGCUGGACUCCGGGCAGAGGCACAUCGGAUUACCAGGCGAAGCGGCAGGCAGCGGGCCACCGGGCGGGGCGGCAGGCACCGGGCCCCCGGGCGGGGGGCGGCAGGCACCGGGCCCCCGGGCGGGGCGA